AUGUUAAAUAAAGAAAAUAACCUUAUAUUCUUGUAAGCUAUUUAAGAAAAAUAAUUUGAGAAAGCCUAUAAAAUAGGAUCAUAAAUUUUGAUAAAAAAUCCUAAUGAACAAAGUAUAAAAAGGUUUAUGAUAUUUUUGUAAAAUAAUCUUCAAGAUUGUAUAAUAUUUAUCUAAUUUAUGUGAACUAUUAAAGUGAAGAAGAAGAAGAUGAAGAUGAUGAUGAAGAAGAUUUCCAAGAGUAAUAAUAUGAGUAAAAAAGUAAAAAAACAAAUAAAAAACUAUAAGUAUAAUAAUAAACAAUAUGAAGAUGAAUUUCAUGAGAAUUGAUAAAACAUAAAAUAAAUUUCAACCAAAAAAAAGAUAGGAUGUCAAAAAUAAGGAAAUAAUUAUUCCAUUAAAAAAUACAAAACAAAUUUAAGAAGUCAGAAAGCUGAAACUUUCACAAAAAAUUUCAAUAAAACAAUAAUAUAAAUUAUCUGAUGCCCCAUAAAUAAAACCAGCUAUUCCCUAAAUUUCUAUUUAGUUUCCUACUUUAACAAGAAAAUGA